AUGGUUGAUUCUGGUUCUCUGCACUUGGGUCCACACCUCAGCUCUCCACCUCACAGCAAGACUCAGUCACCCAUGGACCCUGCACAGGACCAGUCCUCCAAGAUGGAACGCAUGCGGGCAGCACUGGCAAACCAAUAUGAUGGGAAACUGGAAGGGGCUUUCUCUCGCAAUUCGAAAGUGGUGGAUUACAGCAUCACACUCACAGCUCAUUCGGGCUGGAACACUGCAGCACUCAUCUCAUCCUUUAAAAUAAAGGGUGAGCUGGCAUCCCGGGAGGUGCCAGAAGAUCUGGAUGUGCACAUAGACGUGACCGUUUGGGUGGACAACCACCUCCGGGAGAGCCGAAGAGAAAGAAGACAGGCCCUGUUUCAGGAAGGGAAGCCGACCAUUUAUCCCAAACUUGAGACUCCUAGGGUUCUGCUGACAGUGUCCCUUGCCUCGGAAGGUCUCAAUCACACCCUCCAGCCCAUGCUGGACUCUGGCAUUGCAGUAAUGGCAGGGGUGUACAUGGUCUGUUCCACUGAAAAACUUAAGCUGAUGGAGAAGGAGCUGCUGGGACAGCUGUCUGCUCUCCGGACAGAGAUAGAGGUGAAUGGUGUUCUAGAUGUCUCACCUUCAAAGUCCUACAGCUCUGUCCCAAUACCAAAAGACAUCUCCUACUUCCGUGUGGAGAGAGAGCAGAUCCUGCAGAAGGGCCUGGAGGUGUCAGGGGUGCAACCUAUGGUGUCCCAGGUGGAAGUGAUGCAGAAGGAACUGGAAAGCUGCAGGAGCCGAGAGUACACACUGGAGAGCCUGCCUCUACUGCUGCACCAGUUCUAUACAGAUCAGUGCUCCCAGCUGGCGCAGUGCAAGUAUCUUCACGUGUUGAGAUGGAGGAGGUUUUGCCGGCACUCAGGCGUCAUUGAGCAGUUGUAUCCUCUCUACAAGGAACAGGUGGCUCGACUGAUGGGCGAGUAUGAAGAUGCUCUCCAGCGGGCACGCAGGCUGUCCGUUGCCCGGGAGAAGGCUCUGACUGGCAGGGGGAACCCCAUCAAUGCUGUCACCCAGGAGGAUGUGGUCAUCUACCUGCAGUGGCUGGUGUGCCACCUGCACUCUGUCAAGACUAUCCAUAGCUUUCUGAGGGAGCUGCAGUAUCUGCCUGCAUAUGAGAGGAUUGGGGGUGACUCCGCAGAGUCCUGUGCUCCUGCAGAAACCCCCAAACUGAGGGAAUCCACUACACAUGUCCUAGGAUCACAUGAGGCAACUCCACUGCAAACUGGCAGCUCUGCAGGUACAGAAACUCUUCAAGACGGACCUAAGUGGACUUAUUCUUCCUCCAAAGGGGACACAAUAUGUGAGGGUUUACAAGGGCUUUCAGGAGAAGUUCCGAAACACACAGUGAGACGAGAGGAGUUUGGCUCCAAGCUGCAGCACCUUUUGUCUCACUUUAACAUCCAGUACAAUGUCCAGGAGAUGAUGAGUGCUGCAGAUGAAAUGGAGCUCCUUGGCAUGGUGUUGAGUGAGUUCAGGGCAAUCUUCAAGAAGCAGGAGCAGAUGAAAACUUUCCUGGUAUACGGUAGCACUGAAGCAACAGAGAAAUGCUGGGGGAAGAAGAGCGGCUGCACUCUACUGAAGAAGGACAACUGGACCCCCUUCAUAUGGGUGAAGCCCCAAGUUGAUCCCUGGCAACAGAAUUUCCUCAUCCACUUGAAGCAGCACCAGUCAGUGGACGAGCUCCUUCAUAUGCACUGGAGGUUCCUACAGGUAUCGGAUCCCUUCAGUGUAAUGCAGACGCUCAAGGAGAAUGCUGCCAAUAUGUUUGUGACAUCACACCUCACUAGGGAAGACUCUGUCCAGAUCUGGAAGAGGAUAUACUGCAGUGCAAAUCUCUCUCAGGACUCAAGCCCAGAUGGAGUCACAGGCACUGCCAAGACACAGAGCCAGGAAGGAUACAGCUAUAAGAAGAGCCUCCAGUGCCUGGGUCUGGAUGAUGAACAGGAAGGGAGUGGUGAUGACUUCACUGCAUCCAAGGAUGCCUACCUGGGUCUCCUUUAUCUUCAGCACCUCCGGAUGAGGCAGCUGCAGCGCAUCUGUCUGGGGAUUCUGAAUUAUCUGCGCUCAGUGGAGCGGACCCUCACCAUUGACACGGCAGGCCUGCGGAUGGAGGGCGGAGAGUUGAGCAGCAGCACAGAGGAGUCAGUGUGGAGGGGGGGCAGCGGCACCCCAGGGGGGCUGGGAUCCCAGCAGUAUAUCUACAACACCCCUGCUGACUACAAGGUCCACUGUGCUGAGUUUAUGGAAUUCUCUGAAGUAGAUAACCACCUUGACUACUACAGCAGUGAGGAGGAAUUUGUGCACACGCAGGAUGCGUGUGGGCUAUACAUUGUCUAUGAUGUGGCCCUGAGGGACUUGGAAGAGCUGGAGCACUCUCUGCUUUUGGUGGCAUCACUAUACAUCCAGAGAAAUGCAGGAAAAGAUGCCUCUCAAAGGUUGUCAGAUUCUGAAAUGGACCUGCGGUUCUGGGCUCAGCUGGAUGUGGACCGCUUAGCAGUGCUACUGGACCUGUGGAUUUGCGAGGAGGCCUUCCUCAGAAACAAAAUGCAGCUGAUAGAUUUCUACUUUGAGGCCUACCAGCAUGUGUCUGACAAUGGGGAGAGGUUCCGCCUAGCCCAGGUCAUCACAGAUGUCAUGUACCGAUGGCCUCGGCUGGAACUGAGCAGUGGCUACUUCGUCCAGGCAUACAGGGAGGAGCUGGGCUGCAUGCAGAGCCACCAGCAGCUCCUAAGCCUGGUCCUCAACUGCCAAAUAGAUGAGCAGCGGCACUAUCUCCAACAGGUUUGGAGGGAUGGGCCAAGAGGGCUAGGACAGGAUUAUGGGCUGCCUCUGAACUACAUCCCCAAACUGCUUGUCUCCCUUGGCAACAGCAGCCCUGCCCUGAGGAGUGUGUAUUUGCUGGAGUUCCACCCCUCUCUCUACCUGGCCUCCCAGCUGCACCAGGCCCUGACUCAGGCCCACACAGAACUCUGCCAUCUGCACAGAGCCAAGACCACCAGUGAAAAGGUGGCUUUGGAGCAGAGGCUACUGGUGCAGGCACUGCAAAAAUGGCAGUCAAUGGCACCUUCUGGGGCUUCCUACAGUUCACAGAUUCAGAAGGAUUUGUUUUCAGAAGUUUUCUUUGAGGACCCUUUCUUUGUCAGAGACAUCGGUCUGAUGGUGCUCGGCUCAGCCAAGGAAGAGGAGAAGAUGCGGGGCAAGGAGAGGCAGCUCUUCAUGGUGGAGACGUUCUCUAAGUUGCUGGAGCUGGUCACUCUCCGCCAUCGGCUGAUUGAGGCUGCCUCGGAGACUGCACUGCUGUCACAGCUGUAUAGUGGCUUUGCCAGAGAGAUGGGAUUUGAACAGUUUUAUCUGCACCUGCGGCCAAUCCAGUUUGAGUUUGCUGUCCAUAAAGAGAAGACUGAUAAACUCCCACUGUUCGUCACUGCCCUGCUGCAGAACGACAGUACCAUUGACAGGUACACCCCAUCCAGCCUGCCCCUGAGUAUCCAGGAGAUUGACGAGUGCCAGAUUGGCAAAUUCAGCUUCCGUACUCAAGAGGCUGUUCUUCACCUCAUGAGCCAUUCUGGGAUAGAGAACCUGCAGGUAGCCCUGGCCUGUCAGGUGACACAGAAGAACACCCUGAUUGGUGCAGUGAAACAGGCCACUCUGUGCUAUUGGGCACAGUUCUCUGAGAAUGCUGAAGUGCAGGGGAGUCUUGACUUCAGCUCUAAAGUAGACUCUUCAGGAAAGGACCUAACAGAGCAUGUGGCCAGCAGGGAGAGCCAUAAGGUCCACAGACCUAAGAAAAGGCCUGCUGAAGCCUUUGUGCCGAUACAGCUUGAGAAAGUUGGGCCACGGGACAAGAUGCUGAAUGCCUUUGUGAAGAAAAAGGAGCUCAUGGGAACCAUAAUGAAAAAUCCGAAUGAAGUGGAAAAGAUCAAGAGGGGGCUGAUUCUGGAGUUCUGUCAGAAGUAA